UGCCUGGAGAUGACAACCAAACGGAAAAUAAUUGGCCGGCUGGUGCCAUGCAGAUGUUUUCGGGGUGAGGAAGAGAUAAUAUCAGUUUUGGAUUAUUCGCACUGCAGCCUUCAACAGGUGCCAAAAGAAGUGUUUAAUUUUGAAAGAACGUUGGAGGAACUUUAUCUGGAUGCUAAUCAAAUUGAAGAGUUGCCAAAGCAAUUAUUCAAUUGCCAGGCUCUUCGGAAGCUAAGUAUGCCUGACAAUGAUCUUUCAAGUCUGCCAGCAGCUAUUGCUAGCCUGGUGAAUCUUAAAGAGUUGGAUAUCAGCAAGAACGGAAUUCAAGAAUUUCCAGAUAAUAUAAAGUGCUGUAAAUGUUUAACUAUAAUUGAAGCUAGUGUGAAUCCCAUAUCCAAGUUGCCAGAUGGUUUUACACAGCUCCUUAAUCUGACUCAGUUGUACCUUAACGAUGCCUUUCUUGAGUACCUUCCAUCAAAUUUUGGAAGGCUCAGCAAAUUGCGAAUAUUGGAAUUAAGAGAAAAUCAUUUGAAAACGUUACCAAAGUCAAUGAAUAAGUUAACCCAGCUGGAGAGACUUGAUUUAGGCAAUAAUGAGUUUGCUGAGCUGCCAGAAGGUUUGGAACAAAUACAAAAUUUGAAAGAAUUGUGGAUAGACAACAAUGCACUCCAAACACUGCCUGGGUCUACAGGAAAAUUAAAGCAGUUGAUAUACCUGGAUAUGUCUAAAAAUCGGAUUGAGAGUGUAGACCUGGAUAUAUCUGGAUGUGAAUCGAUAGAAGAUCUGUUACUUUCCUCUAAUUUAUUACAACAGUUGCCUGAUUCUAUAGGUUUGUUGAAAAAACUUACUACUUUGAAAGUAGAUGACAAUCAACUUGUAGCACUACCAAAUACCAUUGGGAAUUUAUCAUUAUUAGAAGAGUUUGAUUGCAGCUGUAAUGAGUUGGAAUCCUUACCUCCCACAAUUGGAUAUCUACACAGUCUUCGAACAUUAGCUGUUGAUGAAAAUUUCCUUACAGAGCUGCCCAGGGAAAUUGGAAAUUGCAAGAAUGUGACAGUAAUGUCUCUACGAUCCAACAAGCUGGAAUUUCUUCCUGAAGAGAUCGGGCAGAUGCAAAAACUAAGGGUUUUAAACUUGAGUGAUAACAGGUUAAAGAAUUUACCAUUCAGCUUUACUAAACUUAAAGAACUUGCUGCUCUGUGGCUUUCUGACAAUCAGUCCAAAGCACUCAUUCCUCUUCAAACUGAAGCUCACCCAGAGACAAAGCAGAGGGUGUUAACAAACUACAUGUUCCCCCAGCAACCUCGUGGGGAUGAAGAUUUCCAGUCAGACACUGAUAGUUUCAAUCCAACGCUUUGGGAGGAACAGCGGCAGCAACGCAUGACUGUAGCUUUUGAGUUUGAAGACAAGAAGGAGGAAGAAGAAAACCCUGGAAAAGUCAAGGUUGAAAUUAAUUUAAAGCGUUAUCCAACACCCUAUCCAGAAGAUUUGAAGAACAUGGUAAAAUCAGUGCAAAACAUGGUAGGCAAAAGCCAUGGUGGAUCUAUGGAGAAUUCAAUACCUCCAUCUGGCACCGAACAAAACCUAAAGGAAAAGUAUGACCAUAAAUGGCCAAUGUCAGCAAAGGACAUUAAAUCUGAGGUUGCAGUUCGGGAACACAAAGAAUUCCAAAAGAGCCAGAUGUCUGACUCAGGAAACAUUCGUAGUUUUUCUUUGGAUGCUCCUAAAAGGAAGGAAAAGGAAGACCAUUCUGAAAGAUCAGAGGAUUUUGGACAUCGUACCAGUGAAAUGCGAAUGGCAGAGCUUCGACCAUCCUUAAUUGAGACCCCAUUGUAUCCUCCAAAACUUGUACUGCUGGGUAAAGAUAAAAAAGAGUCCACAGAUGAGUCAGAAGUUGAUAAACAUCACCAUAACAGUGUUUCAUCAGGCACAUAUUCUGACUACUCACCUUCCCAGGCUUCAUCAGGGUCCUCAAAUGCACGAGUCAAAGUGCAGAUUUCCGCUAAAGAAGCAGUAAACAGUUCGUUGUGGGGCAACAGGCUUGCUCAAUCAUUUCCACAGCCACUAGAAACAAAGCCAUUACUGAGCCAGCGUGAGUCAGCACCAGUAGGGAAUCUACAACAACGCAAUGAUAGACAGGCCCUCAAUGACUCGUUUACUGAAAACUGGAAUGAUAGCUCACACUAUGAUAACACUGGAUUUGUUGCAGAAGAAAAUACAGUAGAGAAUCCCAAUAGUAACCCAAUGCUGAACUCAAAAUCAAGAAGCACAUCUGCUCAUGGACGCAGACCAUUGAUUAGACAGGAUAGAAUAGUUGGCAUUCCCUUGGAACUAGAACAGUCAACCCAGAGAAGCCAGCCUGAAUCAGACGUGCCUCCUAGCAAUCCCUGGCAGAAUUGGACUAGAACACCAAGUCCAUUUGAAGAUAGGACAGCUUUCCCUUCUAAAUUGGAAAGCACUCCUGUUAAUAGUCCUUUUCCAGAACGAAAAAUUCAUAAACAACAAUCAAUGGACAACCCAAGCACAUAUUCAUCAGGGGCAGCAUGGGAGUUUCAUGAUUCAAGCUCCAACAGGAAUACAGGAAAUGUAUUUGCACAUUCUCAUAGUCGGCCAGAGUCUGCCAAAAAUACUAUUUCAAUAAGCAAAAGUACUGAAAGGUUAUCUCCUUUAAUGAAAGAUUUGAAGACAGGGAGGUUUAAAAAAUCGCAAAGUAUAGAUGAGAUAGACAUUGGUGCAUUCAAAGUAUAUAACAUACCAUUGCAACAUUAUGAUCACAGAAACAUAAUGCAUGGAAGCCAUGAAAGAUCAGACUUAUCUUUGGGACAGGAGCACAGUAUGUCACGUAGCCAGUCUGUACCAAUGCUUGAUGAUGAGUUAUUAGGCUAUGGUAGCAGUCGAGGUCAACAAAAUCACAAAACAACAAAAAAAGUCUACCAGUUUGACCAAAGUUUUAAUCCUCAAGGAGCAGUAGAAGUUAAACCAGACAAAAGGGCACCUCCACCAUUUUCAUACAAUCCAGAUUAUGCUGCACAGCAAACUAAAACAAUUGCAAAAGAUUUAAUCAGUCCACGAGCGUAUAGAGGGUAUCAGCCCAUAGAGCAAAUGUUCUCCUUUUCACAGCCAUCAGUAAAUGAAGAUUCCAUUCCUCCUCAGUUUACAAAUCAAGGACCAAGGGCAGGGUUUAUGAAAAGAGCAGAUUCUUUAGCAAGUGCCACUGAAAUGGCAAUGUAUAGGAGAGUCAGUGAGCCACAUGAACUCCCCCAGACUGAUAGGUAUGGAAGACCGCCUUUCCUUGGAGCCGUAGAACGCCAAAGCAGUAUGUCAGUGGCUGAUGCUCAGUUUCUAAAAAGGAAUGGAAGGUAUGAAGAUGACCACACUUCAUAUCCAGAUAUAAAAUCUCAGACUGGAAACUAUCAAGUUAAAACCCUAACUCAGAGAAGGCCUUUAUCUGCAAGAAGCUAUAGUACAGAGACAUAUGGAACAUCUCAAACCAGACCUGUCUCUGCAAGGCCAACUAUGGCAGCUUUGCUUGAAAAGAUACCAUCUGAUUACAACCUGGUUAAUUAUGGUGAUAAAGCACCAGAUACCAGUGAUAUGAAGACAAGACCUAAUUCUGGGAAACUAGAUGACAGCUGCAAUAAAAUGCCACCAGACUGGAGACAACAGUUGCUAAGGCAUAUAGAAGCUAGAAGGUUAGACAGGAAUGCUGCAUAUAAGCACAACACAAUUAAUCUUGGCAUGCUACACUCUGGACGUAAUUCAGCAAUGCAUGCUGGCAAAAGCUUGAGUUUAACCAUGCAGCCUAGACCUAACUAUCAAGAAAUACAGCUCUAUAAUACUCCAUCACAGCAGAGUAACAUCUUGGACAACGGACAAGAAGACAUGUCCCUAGGUCAAUGGAAUCCGUAUGCACUGGGUCGAAGAGAUGUACCACCUGAAACAAUUUCCAAGAAGCUCCCUGAAGCUUUGCCUAACGGGUUACAUUACCCACAGGCUGGAAGCCAUAUUCAGACACUUAUGGGAUCCCAGAGCCUACAGCACAGAUCCAGAGAGCAGCCGCAUUAUGAUGGGGGUAUGAAUAAAGUGACCAUUCAGCAGUAUCAGUCACCGCUGCCAAUUCAGAUCCCUUCUGCACAAAGAGGUCCGCAGUCUGGACGGUGUUUGAUCCAAACAAAAGGACAAAGAAGUAUGGAUGGAUACCCAGAACAGUACUGCGUAAGAAUAGAAAAAAAUCCAGGACUUGGAUUUAGUAUCAGUGGUGGAAUAAGUGGACAAGGAAAUCCAUUCAAACCUUCGGACAAGGGUAUCUUUGUUACUAGGGUUCAGCCUGAUGGACCAGCAUCCAGCGUGCUCCGGUCCGGGGAUAAGAUUCUAAUGGCAAAUGGCCACAGUUUUGUACAUAUGGAGCAUGAAAAAGCUGUCUCAUUGCUGAAGAGCUUUCAAAACACAGUAGAUCUAAUUAUACAACGUGAGCUUACUGUCUAA